AAAAUUGUUCAAGUUAUUUACUUUCGGGAGUAAUUUAUUACUUUAUAGAUAACAUAAUCUUAAACCAAGAUAAAACUUUACCGAUGUAGAAGUUACAUGUGGACUUUGGAUCAACGUUUUAAAAGAUAAAUAUAUUUUGUCAUUGGCAACAAGGUGAAUCUUUACAAAUAACUUAAAAGCUAAAAUUGGAGAUGAUAAUUAUACAUAGACAGUAAAAAAGGAAUAAGUUAAAUAUCAGUACAGGAGUAAAAAUGAACUUUGAAAACUUAAGAACUGUGAUUAAGUGUUGCUGUAAAGUAUUAUGUUUAAAAUGACUGUGGAAGGAAAUUGGGACAACUUUAUUGGUGAAUAGAUCAGAUCAAAUAACACGUUGAACAAAAUUACUACAAAAUGGCGACUGGUAAACAAAUAGAUACGGAUAUUCUUUUCGAUGAAAUAUUUGAUGUAUUAUGUUCAAUGUGUGAAAAUAAAGGAAAAAACACUGAAGGUGAAAAAUACUGUGUAGACUGUAAGGAUUAUUUUUGUAUAACUUGUGUUCAAAUUCAUGGUCAAGUGCCUCUGUGUGCUGGUCACAAGGUGCUGGAUAAAUCUCAAGUUAAGUCUGGAACCAGCAAAAGUCUGCCGAGGGCACCAACAGAGAGAUGUGACAGACACAGUCAUAAACACAUUGAUAUGUACUGUCAGAACCAUGAUAAUGUUGGCUGUUCUACAUGUAUGGCGGUUGAUCAUAGAUUAUGCAAGGAUACAUUCUACAUACCAGAAUUUAUCCAAAAUAACACAUACCAAAUUUCUUCAAGAGAAAUUCAAACACAGUUGAAAGAAUUAGCUACCACCCUUGCAGAAAAAGCUGAUAGAUUUAAACAGGAUAAGCAAAGGCUGUUAAAGAGGAAAGCAGAACUAUUGGCUGAAAUCAGAAAAUUCCGUCAAGAAAUCAAUGACCAUUUGGACAAGUUGGAGAAAAGUUCUAUAGAUGAGAUAGAAGAUAAAGUCAAAUGUCUUGAAGACAAGAUUGAAGAAGGUCUCAAACAACUACAAGCAAACAAGUCCAGGAUUUCAUCAGCUAAUGAUAAAUUAGCAUCUACAAACACACACCAAUCUGAAGUGUUUGUUUAUGUUAAAGUGGCAGAGGAUGCUGCAAAUGUUGCUAACACAUAUAUCGAAGAUGCAAAAUUUAAAAGUACUGUUGAAGACUUAGAUUUUAAACCUGAUAGAACAAUUCUUACACAACUAGAACAAAAGAAGACUCUAGGCAUAUUGUCAGAGAAACUUACAGAGACUACUGUCUCUUUAUUUCAGAUUAAAGGAAAUAAAUCAUAUAAUGUAAAAGUUAUGUCUGAUAAAAGCAGUUGUUAUAUCAGGAGUGUCUGCUGUAUGGAUGAUGGUUCAAUAAUUAUAACUGAUCACAACAACAGCAAGCUUAAACGGUUACACAGUUAUAACUAUACUGUCACUGACUAUUGUGAUCUACCUGGAGACCCAUGGCAAGUGUGUAUGAUCAAUAACACACAAGUAGCAGUAAUUGUUCCAUAACAAAUGGAAGUUUAUAUCAUUGCUCUAGGAAGAAAAAUGAAAACAACAAACAAGAUUAACAUUGAUUUUGAAUGUUUUGGUCUUGCAUAUGCAAACAAUAAUUUAUAUAUUUCAGACCAUGACACAUCAGUAUAUUUGUAUACAUUGUCUGGUAGGAAGCUUAGACAGUUCAAUAAGGAUCAAUCAGGACAUACGCUGUUCUCUAGCAUACACAGUCUAGCUGUCAGUAAGGAUGCUACAAGGAUUUAUGUUGUUGACUAUAAUAAUGGACUGAUAGUUCUGGACAACAAUGCUCAGGUUAUUUCAUCAUUUAAUGAUAUACAAUUAGAGGAGGCUACAUGUUGUUAUCUUACUGAAGCAGGUAGUGUUCUGGUAUCUGGAUAUGGCUCCAUUAAUGUUUUACAGUUUACAUGUGAUGGUGAGCUGAUAGGAGAAGUU